AUGGCUCAGAAGAAGGCUGCACUGUUGGAUAAGAUGGAAAGCUUCCGACAACAGGGUCGGCUCAUUAUUGACAACGCGACCUUCAAUGAGAUGUCCAAAACAAGGGGUGGCGUAGGUUUCCAGGAACCAAAGCAAGGUCGUGACACUUGGGAUGUUGUCUUAGAAGCCGUCACCCAACGCUCCCGACGGGAGCAGGUGAAAGGUCGAGUUAUCGCCGCGCAGAUAUCGACCCGCAUCAAGGCGUAUUGGGAUCAACGGGCACAACGGGAGGACAAGGCAAAAUUGCACGAAGAGAGAAGACUUCGUGCUUUGGCGAAGGCAACCAUCAAGGUGGUCACUAGUGAAUGGAAAAAGGCUGUCUUCCAUAUUCGGGAACAGCAUCGACUACGCGCGGAGGCUGAGGAAAGGCGUCGUGGUCAUGAGCAUCUGGAUGCUAUCCUCGAUCGCUCUGGUCAUAUAUUGGAAACUCAGCAAGCAGAACUCGCCAGAGGCUCGGAAAAUUCAGAGUCUGAAAUGGAUGAGGGAGAUGCGGAUGGUGUGGGGCAGCAAUUUUCGUCGCAAGCGAGUGACCGAGAUACGGAGAAUGCUGAGGAUGAAGAAAGCACUGAGGAUGAAGAAGAAGAGGGGGAGGAGGAUGAGGACGGAACCAGUGCGUCGGCAUUACUGGGGCCAUCAGUCCCUCGGUUUGAAGUUGAUGAUACUUCGAGCGCCACCUCCCAAGCUGGUGCCAAUCUACUGGGUGCUGAGAUGAACGAUGAAGAAGAUCUACCGAUAUCUCGGGAGACCCCUACCGACUCCGACUCCGUUUUGCACGAGCAGACGACCGAAGACUACAGGUCUCCCCAUUUCGAGAGUUUCAACGACGCGCCUUCACCAGCCAGCACUGUUGCUGGUCAUGAAGAGGAACCUAAAUCGAAUGUUGAUGGCAACAAGGGGAUGAAGAUAACAGUCACUGAAUCUACUUCGGACACUUUGGCUUCAGGCGCUGACGACGUUGAUACGGCUCAAGCAACUGAAGUCGAUACUAAAGACGAUUAUGCGGGCUUCCCAGCGGUCGAAACACCAUCUUCUCGCCCCCCAUCCCCUACCUUUGGCAUGGAAGUCGAUGAGUCUGAGUUAUUUGACGAAGCAGAGGACGCCCAUCAACAAGAGGACAACAUACCAGAUUAUCUCAAAUCGUACGCCGUUGCGCCGGUCCAUUGGGAUACUGAAGACAAGGUAAAAGUUCCCGUGUUGUUACGGGGUGUCCUCCGUCCAUACCAGCAGUCCGGUUUGGAAUGGCUUGCAAGCCUCCAUGUCAACAAUUUAAACGGCAUACUUGCUGAUGAAAUGGGAUUGGGGAAAACUAUACAGACAAUAUCGCUUCUUGCUCAUCUAGCUUGUGACCGUGGAAUAUGGGGUCCGCAUCUUAUUAUUGUCCCGACAAGUGUCCUCCUAAACUGGGAAAUGGAAUUCAAGAAGUUUCUGCCUGGGUUCAAAACUCUGAGUUACCACGGAUCGACGAAACGCCGCAAGGAGCUCCGCCAAGGGUGGUACAACAAGCACCACUUUAAUGUCUGCAUAACCUCAUACACGCUCGCCAGUCGCGAUGCUCACAUAUUCAAGCGCAAAGCUUGGUAUUACAUGAUACUGGAUGAAGCACACAUGAUCAAAAAUUUCAAGUCCCAACGAUGGAAUAUUCUCCUAAUGUUCCGCUCCUUUCGGCGUCUUCUCCUGACUGGCACCCCGCUACAAAACAAUCUAACUGAGUUGUGGGCACUUUUACAAUUCCUAAUGUCUGGUACCAACUUCGCCAACCUGAAAGAGUUUGGUGAAUGGUUUUCAAAUCCCUUGGAGAAAGCGAUUGAAAUGGGCACCUUGUUGGAUGACGAAAAUAUGCAACGCGUGACCAAACUCCACACAGUUCUCCGUCCCUAUCUACUCCGCCGUCUCAAACGUGACGUUGAGAAAGAGCUCCCCAGCAAGUACGAGCACCUCGUUCUGUGCCCCUUAUCCAAGCGGCAGCGGUUUCUCUACGACGAGUUCAUGGAUCGUGCGCAUACCAGAGACGCCUUGCAAUCUGGCGUGUACCAGAAGAUUGCAAAUAUUCUCAUGCAGCUCCGCAAAGUCUGUAAUCAUCCAGAUCUUUUUGAAGUCCGUCCAAUCGUGACAUCUUUCGCUAUGACGCGUUCCGUCGCCGCAGGCUUCGAGAUCAAGGAGCUACUAGUUCGGCGAGAGCUCCUUCGGGCGAGUGAUGAAGACAGUAUCAAUCUUGACCUUCUUGGCCUGCGAUUCAUCGAUCAGCAAAACGUACCCCUACUUUCUGUUCUGGAAACGCGGCGCCUUGAUGCGACGCAUCGGCUCCCACUCAUCUCGGAAAUGCCUGAGGAGCCACCACCAAAGGACACUCGUACUAUUCAAGGAUACCGUGCUUACUAUGCAUACCAACAGCAGGUUGCACAAGUAGCUCGCUGGGCACAAAUCGGUUAUCUCAAUAGCCUGCGCUGUACCCGGUUACCGAUCUACAGCCAAGAGCUGUUGACUAUUGCUAAGCAGUGUCAUAAAUCAAUCCUUCCCCUUUCCGCAUUGGAUAUCAGACAUCGCUUCAUGGACACCGCUCUACCUCUUCAUUCGGCGGUCAAGACUUACGCAGACCGGGCUAAAGAGCUACGACCUGUGGUCGAAAGGUUCGCUUUUGUCACUCCAGCUGCAGUUGCUUUGGACCUACCUCGUUUCGCUCUGGCAGGAUGCGAGCACGUUAUAUCUCGUCAGUCAUCUGACUUCGAUAACGGCCUGCAUCACGCGAGCGUCAAGUUGCAGAUAGCGUUCCCAGAUCCAUCACUUCUCCAAUAUGAUUGUGGCAAACUGCAGGAACUUAGUCGCCUUCUCCGACAGAGGAAGUUGGAAGGACACCGUGUUCUCAUCUUCACACAAAUGACAAGGAUUUUGGAUAUCCUGGAAAUUUUCCUCAACUUUCAUGGCUAUCUCUAUCUUCGUCUUGAUGGAGCCACCAAAAUCGAAGACAGGCAAUAUAUCACUGAGCGGUUCAAUGCGGACUCCAGGAUUUUUUGCUUCAUUUCUUCCUCUCGGUCGGGUGGAGUAGGUAUCAAUCUUACUGGAGCAGACACCGUCAUCUUCUAUGAUAGUGACUUCAACCCCCAAAUGGACAAGCAAUGCGAAGAUCGUGCUCAUCGUAUCGGUCAGAUAAGAGACGUCCACAUCUAUCGAUUUAUCUCUGCACAUACAGUUGAAGAAGCCAUGUUGUUGAAAGCUAACCAGAAGCGCUCUUUGGACGAUCUCGUCAUCCAAAAAGGCGAAUUUGACUGGCGAUCUCUGUUUGAUGACCAAGGAGCUCUAUCGAAGGCGCUCGUUGAAUUUGAGGACAAGGAAGAUGUCCAUGCUGCCGCUGUAGCCGCGAGAGAAGAAGAUGUCAUGGAAGGCGCGGAUCAAGCUGACUUUGGUGCUGAGGGAGAAAUUGAUGCUCCCCUAAACGAAGGAAGGUUAUCAAAUAAUGCGGAGGAAGGUCAGCCUACUGGUAAGGAAAUGUUGGAUGUUUCCGAGAUGGACCAAGUUGCAGAGGAAGAGGACGAAGGAGGGGCAGUGUCGGACUACAUGAUUAACUUUGUUCGGAUGGAUUACGACUUCUUCAGAGAUUGGCGGCUAUGA